AUGGGUCUAUGCUGUUCGAGCGAGUCGACACAAGAGGCCACGGCGAAGCUGAUCUUGCAAGACGGGAGGAUGAUAGAGUUCACGAGCCACGUGAAAGUAGGAUACGUUUUGCAGAAGUAUCCCAUCUAUCAGCUCGUGCUUCCUCUCCGUUGGCUUCGUGAGCCACUUGGAGCGGAUGAGAUGGCUGCAUUGGCUGUUAAAGCUAGCGCUGCGCUCGCAGGUGGGAAACGUAUAGAUCCUAUUGUCUCUGGUAAGUCUCGGAUGAGAUUUGGGUCUAGUGAUGAUACGGUGGGAUCGGGAUGUGUUAGAAGGAAAGAAAGAGAUGGUGACGGUGGUGGUGGUGGUAGUGGUAGUGGUAGCACUAGUAGUGGCCGGAGGAGGAGAUAUAAUGCGUUGGAGUUGAGAUCGAUAGAAGAGUGA